AUGAAGCGCAUAUGCUAUUACAAUAAUUGGACAAGGCAUAACACCUAUGAUGUAAUUCCUGGAAUGCUCUUGAUGAAUAAUCAUCUCCCUUACAACUUGUUAGAAGGAGGCACUCCAGCAAGGUUUUUGAUAAUUGAUGAUGGGUGGCAAGAUACAACUAAUGAGUUCCAGAAUGAAGGAGAGCCUUUUGUGGAGGGGUCACAGUUUGGUGCCAGACUCGUCAGCAUUGAGGAAAAUAGCAAGUUCAGGAAGACAGGAGAUGAGGCUUCAAGUGAGGCACCCAGUGAUCUUAAGGAAUUUAUUUCAGAUAUAAAGAGUACUUUUGGACUUAAGUAUGUCUAUGUAUGGCAUGCACUCAUGGGAUACUGGGGGGGACUUCAUCCAAAUGCCAGAGGAACUGAAAAGUACAAUCCAAAACUAAAAUUCCCCGUACAGUCACCGGGGAAUCUUGCACAUAAGAGGGAUAUAUCUAUGGACUCCAUGGAAAAGUACGGUGUUGGCACAAUAGAUCCUGCCAAAGUAUCUGAAUUUUAUGAUGAUCUGCACAGGUACCUUGUAUCACAGGAAGUGGAUGGGGUGAAGGUUGAUGUACAGAACAUACUGGAAACUAUAGCGAUUGGUUUGGGAGGCCGGGUAUCACUUACAAGACAUUUCCAACAAGCUCUUGAAAAGUCUAUUGGCACACAUUUCCAAGAUAAUAGCAUAAUCUGCUGCAUGGGUCAGAGCACGGAUUCCAUCUACAAAUCAAACCUUGACAAUGCAUUAAGGCUCUGA